GUCCAUCUUGCAUCAUGUUCGCCGAGCCCACCGACAAGUGCCCCAUCUGCAUCGAGGAGCUCUCCCGCUUUGGCGGUCCUCCCACCAUCAACCCCGGUUGUGGCCACCACCUGCAUCUGCAGUGCUUCAUCAACACAUACACUGGCGUCGCCAAUCCGCUUUGCAGCGUCUGCCGGGUGCCUGUUCAAGCAUCGGCUGCAAACCUGCUUGCCGCCGCUUUGCCACUGGCUCCACCCCUCCAAGCCCAAGCCCAAGUCCAAGUCCAGGUUGCGGCUCCAGCCAAUGCCAAUGCCAAUGCCAAUGUUGCCCCGCCUCCCACCGGACACUUUGGAGGGUUCGGGGGCUUUGGGGGAUUCGGUGGAUUUGGGGGCUUCGGUUCAUCUCAAGCCCCCCAGCCAUCUGGGACUUUUAAAACGCCAGGCCUCUUUGGAAGCUUUGGAAGGCCCCAGCCGCCCCAGUACACCCAAGACAUCCUUGAAAGGGAACAGUUGGUCGAGAGUGCUCCUGAUGCGAACACUGCUGUUGCUGCUGGGUCUGCCGAAACGCUUGCACCAACAAUUGCACUCGAACUCGAGUAUGCUUCUGUUCCAGCCAGGGGCACCGGCCCGGCGAGUUUCCAUGCCAUAGCAACUGUCAAAGCCCCUCAGACCCAAGUAUCCACCGAUAUCGACUUGGUGCUUGUCGUCGACGUAUCUGGCUCCAUGUGUGGAGAAAAGAUCGAAUAUGUCCGCCAGACGCUCCAGUACAUCUACGACCACCUCGGACCCAAGGAUCGCAUCGCGAUCGUGACCUUCAGCAGUGCCGCCACGCGCAGAUGCAAUCUAAUCUUUUCCAACCAGCAGAACCGUGAAGCCUUCUCACAGAUCUGCGCGUCGCUCCGUGCCGACGGUGGCACGGUCAUUCCCAGCGGCAUGAGCGAGGCUUUCAAUCUCCUGGCGCAACGAUCGACCAAGAACCAAGCCGCGGGUGUCAUGCUCAUGAGCGAUGGUGACGACAACCACCGCAACGAACGAGCGUACCUCGAGAUCCAAAAUUGGUCCAGGUCGCUCAGCAUCCCGAUUUACACCUUUGGUUAUGGAUCGUCCCACGACGCCGCCCUGCUCAAGAGCCUCUCCGAGGGUGGUGAAUACGCAUAUAUCUCGAACAACGAUGCCAUCCAAGACGCCUUUGCCGGCUGCCUCGGCGCCAUCAAGGCGAUGCCCUUCCAGAACCUGAGCGUCUCGGUCCGAACCGUCCUCCCGAGUCUGGCAAUCAAGUCGUUCAUCUACGCAGGCAAGCGAGUCGUUCCUUUCAAGCCCACAGGCAUCACUGUCGAUAUCGCCAAUCUCUUCAGCGAAGAGUCCAAGAGCAUUCUCAUCGAGUUGGAACACACACCUGCGAGCGACAGCGACAGUGCCGAUGGCGCAACCACAGCCGAGAGCAGUGUUGUUGCCCUGUCGGCCGAUUGCGCCUUUGAACGGGUAUCGACCGGCGAAAAAAUCGAGCGCUUGAAUGAGCCUGCUGUUUGCCGCAUUCGUCUCAGUCAGUCGCCAGUCUUCCCGCUGCCCAGCGAACGACCCAGCCUCGCUGUAGCCAAGCAGCGGUGUCGGACUCUUGUGGCAUUGACUCUCCCUGAAGCCAUGAAGCACGCAAACAAUGCACAACACAAUCAAGGCAAGAAGGUGCUCAUGGAUGCACGGGACAAGCUGAUCAAGCUCCUGCUCGCUGCGUAUGGUCUUGCCAGCAGCCGAACCGACCUCUUCCCGAACCCAGAGACGACCAGCGUGGACGUCUACCACACUCUCCCUGCCCCGAGCGAAUUCUCCAGCGAAGACUGGAUGCUCUACCUUGGAUUCCUCAGCGACCUCGACGGAUGUCUCCGGCUCAUGUCGGCCCAGUCGUGGACAAGCGCGGCAGUGUCCAGCUACACCAAGGUUGCGAAUGUGCACGGCCAGCAGCGCAACCUGUAUACCGACUUUGGCUCGGCAACAUUUGCUCCAAUCCAGAAGAUGCAGCAGGGUGCCUUCCAAGUGUCCAGCAGCGCCUUUGGCCAGCAAGCCAGCACCGCCUAUUCAGGGGCAUCCAGGCAAGCGCCACAAGCACAGCAAGCGCAACAAGUACCACCGACGUUUGGCUUUGGAUUUGGCAGGCCAGCACAAACAAACACCAACACGAAUGCGAACAUGAAUGCGAACACGAAUGCGAACACGAACAUGAAUGCGAAUACAACCAAGUGAGCGGGUUUACAUU